AUGCCACGAGACUUAUUCCCAGACAAGAAGUCGCCGGAUGCCAUGCCCGAACUAUCAAGGGAGCCUGAGACCGUCUCUAGUCCCGAAUCCGUAGAGCAAUCUAGUCUGGUGCCCCAUCGUAGUUCCAAUAUUGCUCAGGAGGGGAGACUCAAGCAAAUGGGAGUUCGUCCAUACACUUCGUUGCUGAACAUCGACGACCUUGAUGACUGCGAUUGGCUUGAGCAUGCGGCCUUUGAUCCGGUUGAAGCCGCGUCGCGGGAGAAGCUCGAGUACCGUCUGCGAACCUGUGGUGAACUCUGCAGCGGCCUCUUCUCUUCCGCCUACCCCACCACAUCAGGACCAUUAGGUGAAACCAUCAAGUUGCAUUCAUUCCCGUCAAUAGACUCGACCGACACCGACCGCAAGCGUGUGAUAAUUGGUCACAUCAUCUCCACCAAAGCAAACUCACCUCUUGUCACUGAUGACGCUAUGGACUAUCCCAAGGACUGGAAGACCAACUACCAGCUCACGCCAAACGUAGGGCAUAAUGAAGACGGGCAGACCAUAUGCCUGCACUCGCUUUGUGUGCAUCCAAACUUUGCGCGCAAAGGACUCGGCUCAAUAUUACUGCAAAGUUAUGUACAAAGGAUAAAGGAUUCAGGUGUAGCAUCUAGGAUAGCCCUCAUCUGCAGAGACCGAUAUAUACAGUUCUACGAGAGGGCAGGAUUCAACAAGGUUGGUCCGAGCAAAUGUCAGUACGGUGGAGGAAAUUGGGUAGACAUGGUGCUAGACUUUGAAGACAGCGGGGAUGACGGAUGGGAGUACUGA